AUGAUGCUCUUCGUGUCCCACGCGAAAGGAGGAACCACUGGGGAACUCUGGACGCGGUCGGGACAAAUGGAAGCAUUACUGGCGCCCGCUCGACCAUUUCGAAGAUCAACGGGAGUCAAGGGCGGAGCUACCUGGCACGAGGGGCGGAGCAGUACCGCGGCUGGGCUCAUAAGAGCCAACGCCUGGAGCACACGAGGAGCACCCAAGCCGCUGGAUACCUGCAGACCAUGGACCGAUCAGGGAGGCAUGGGACGACGACACCAAGGACCACUUCGCCAGCCUGAGCCUCACGAGGAUGCUCGCGACGGGGCGAUACCCAGAUCAUCGGUUAGAGAUGAUGUUGGUGUUGAUGCUGUUGCUGCUGUUAAUGUUGAUUAUGUUGAUGUCGAACUGGUUCCGAUAGUGAUGGGUCCGCCUGUCACUCGCUCGCGCACUCUCUCUUCUGGUUCUAGGGCUGUUGCCCCGAUUUCAAGUUUAGAGUCUAGGGCUGUUGCCCCGAUACACAGAUCAGUUUCUUUGACGAGUACCACUGGGCGGCUCGUUCGUACUUUGCAGGAACUCAACGAUGGCGACAACGCAUAUGGGAAAGAUGCGAAGACAUUGCCUUGGCAACUACGGAAGUAUGGAACGGCGCCGGGUGAGUCGGCGUCAGCAGUCGGGAACAGGAUUGCUACUAUUCCUAUGGUUGCUACUUAUAGCCCGAAUGGGCCGACACCCAGACUAGUGCCGUUUACAGGUUCAGGCGACGACGCCACACCAUUUUCGCUGUGGCUUCGCUGUCUGGAGGACGGGGUAGCGCGUGAGAGAGUAGAGGAGUUAAGUCAGCAGGAGCGCUACGACUUCAACGCAAUUGUAGCGCAUCUCAAGCAGGCAUUUGAAGGCCCGCAACAUCGUUACAUGGUGAGGCAAGCGUUGUCUGCUUGCCAACAGCAGACUGGGGAGUCAUCGGCGACGUUCGCUAAUCGUCUGCUGAACCUGGUCCGAGCCGCUACGACCGGCCAGGACCAUAGUAGUCAGAAGGAACGGGUCCUUGAGGAAUUUGUGGCUAGGUUGCGUCCUGACAUUCGUUACUACGUCAAGUUAGACAACCCCUUGACGUUCGAGCAAGCGGUAGCGAAGGCCCAAAUGGUUGAGCAACUGCUAGCCGAGGCCACAGCUGACCGCUUGAUCAACCCAGUUGGCGCCGCGCGCAUGAUAGAAGUGAAGGCAGUGGCGGCCAAACCGCCGCGGACGAACUUUGGUGAGCGUAGAUAUGUGCGCAGAAGUUUGUCUCGUACGAACCGACCACGAUUCUUUCAGCAGUCAGCAAGGAAUCAGGAUGUUUCCCGCCAGCAUGGUAUUCCCGACUGUCGACUUGUUCCUAGUCGCUCGAACUGUUUCAAUUGUGGAGGACUUGGUCAUCACGCUCGACAGUGUCAAUCGCCGGCAGUACAGUUGCCAGCUUCAGGUAGGCGUCAAUCUAGCCUUCGUGGUGCCUUACCGUUUUAUGAUCGCCAGCGAUUUUCUUCUUCCUCUGUUAAUGCUGUAUAUCCCGAUUCUGACGCUCUUUCUCAAGAACUUUCGCAGGCCCGCGAACAAUUUAACGCGCUUUCCAUAUCUUUGCGGAAUUCGCAAGCCGCUUGUGAGCACUCUGAGGCGCGAGUCUCAGCACUCAUAAAGCGGAACGAAGAGCUCGCAAGCUCUGCUUUUGGUCAACUUUCUCAGUCUUCUCUACGAUCUCCUCAUAAUUUACCAGACGUUCGUUUAUUAUUUGCUUGCUCGUUGAUUCUUACGUUGUGUACUUCAACUAAUGCCGCUUGUGUUAAUUCCCCUUUUUCGGUCUCUGAUGCUUUCAACGCCUCUAAUCUUGUUACUAUUGGUAGAAGUCUUGGCUACUGCCAAUAG